AAUACCUCCCAUAAUAAGGCAGCCCCUGUGACAGAAGUGGUGAUGUCUGCCACUGUAACCCUGCAGCUCAUCUCAUUACAUAGGAGUGAAGCCUCUGGAAAGUCCAACUCUGUUACAAGUUGUGCUUGGACACAUAAACACAAAGAGACCCCCAGGCACUUGAUGACUAAAGCCUUUAAUGACACUCGGCACAUUCUGGCCUGCUCAUUGUUGUUGUUGGGCUCUCCUGCUGAACUUCUCAUGUCCAACUUCUCUGAUUAAGAGGACCUGAAGACCGUCUGUGGUGAAGAGGAACAGCCAAGAAAUAAAGCGAGAGCUGACGAUGGCCGAAGCCCAGCUGUUUGGAUUACAGGAUGAGAUCACCUGCUUGAUGUGUCUGGACACCCUGAGUGACCCCGUCUCGAUCCUCUGUGGUCACAGUUUCUGUCUGAAGUGCCUCACUGACUACUGGGAUCAGAGCCAAGAGUGCAGCUGUCCUCAGUGCAGAAGGAUCUUCACCACGAGGCCUGAACUUCACAGAAACACUGUGCUGAAUGAAAUCAUAAGAAAAAUAAAACAGCCGAGACUCAGUCCUCAUCCAUCUCAAAGUUGUGCCAGCCCUGGAGAUGUGGAGUGUGACACCUGUACUGAGAAGAAGUUCCGAGCAGUGAAGUCCUGUCUGACCUGCAUGAUCUCUUUCUGUCAGACUCACCUACAGCCCCACUUUGAAAUAGCAGCCUGGAAGGACCACAAGCUGACUGAUCCAGUUAGAAAUCUGAAGGAGGAGAUCUGUGCAGAACAUGUCAAGAGUCUGGAGAUAUUCUGUAAAACUGAUGAGACCUGCAUCUGUGUGAUGUGUGUGGUGAAUGGACACAGUGGGCAUAAAACGGUGGAGCUGGAGACAGAAAGAAAGGAAAAACAGAAACAGCUGGAGGCGACACUGAGUGAAAUCAGGAGGAGAAUUAAGGAGAAAGAGAAGACACUGAAGGAGAUGAGGAGGGCGAUGGAGCAGAUGAAGACAUCGUGAGGCUUCUGAGCUCUUUUGAGACCCUCUCCAAUGGAGCUGCACACCGAAACGUAACUGACACAUCUGUCAAGGGCUGCUUGUCCGACGCUGAGGCAACCGCAGGUUCACAACGCCACCCAAGCAAUUAUAAGUUCACAGCCUCCCCACUUAAUGAAUCUGUCGCCUGAUGGGUGAUGCAGGGAACAUUAUAACCUGGCCCCAUCCCUGCUUGUUUGCUGUAUCCCUGUGUAAGGAAGUGGUAGCUCCUGUUUGAAUAAAUUACCUUGCUGUUCUUGUUUGUAUUGGAAUAAAGCUAGUUUUCUUGAAACCCUUAGACUAGGCCUCUUCUUUACGGUG